AUGUCACAUUUAGGUCAAUUUACUGAUGAUGGUAAGACAAUUCGUCGAAUUCAACAACAACAACAAAAUUUACAUAAUGACGACGAAAAUACAUCCAUAGGAAUGAUUCAAGCUAAUUAUCAGUAUACACCACUUAAAGAAUAUGCAGCUAUGAGAAAUGGAGGUCGUACAAUAAACGACAUCAAUACUACUAGUUAUCAAAAUGCUUCAUCUACUAAUUCCGAUCGACAAUUCUCAUCUCAAUACAAUAGUUCGACACGUUAUACAAAUCAUGGUUUUGAAACACCACCUUCAACACAUUUUACAAGUCCAACUAUUGAUAAUAUAUCAAUUCAUAAUCGUCAACAACAACAUUUUAUAACUACAACUAAUUUAAAUGUCAAUGAUAAAACACCUCAUCAUCAACAAAAUGAAUAUAAAACUUCAUCAACGUAUGUAUCACCAAUUCAUGGUAAUGAAUCAAUAACAUUUAAACCAACAUAUCAACAAACUGAUCGUUAUUCAACUGUUGGUAGUGAUUCAGGAAUUGUUAUGAUUAAUCCUAAUCCUCAACAACAGCAAGCAACAGAUGAUAAUCAAAUAAUUGAAAAAAAAUUAACAAAUUUAGUUCAAAAAAUAGGACGACAAUUAGAAACGGAUGCACAAAAAUUAAGUGAUAAAUUAGAAUUAAAAUUAAAAAAUCUAGAAAAUAUGAUACAUCAACAAACAUAUAUUAUUCGACAACAAGAUGAAGUUAUUGAACGUCUGAAAAGUAAAAUACUUAAAAUUGAAACUGAACGUGAUCAUUUUCGUGAACGUUUAUCUAUACAUGAACAACGUGAACAAGAUGAUAAGAAAUAUUUACAGGAAGAAUCAAAUGAUCAUAAAGCACUUGAACAAGAUGAUCAACAACAAACAUCGUAUGAUGUAUCGGGAGAGAGAAAAUAUUCAAAUUCUUCAUCAGUUAUGACAGAUAACAGCAGACGAUCUAGUAAAAAGACACCUGCUCCACGAGUUGAUCAACAAGCACCCAUCAUUAAUAAUGAACCUAAUUCAACUUUAGGAAAACUUAUUAAAAGUAUUCCAUGCAAUAGUCAAGAACGUCCUGUAUCUGGUAAUUCAUCUCCAUCAAUAGCUGCUAAAUUAGCUGCAGCUGUACCUUUAACAGAAAAACCAGCUGCAGCAAGUCGUCUUGAUAAUAUAAUUCAUCAAAAUAAUUCAUCAGGAACAUAUUAUAAUGUAGGUGAAACUCAUGAAACUGAUCCAAAACCAAAUUCAAUAGAACACAUUGUGACAAAGGUUCAUCAUAAUGAUGAAUAUUCAAAAUCAUAUCAAAUAUCUGAACCUAAAUUACAACGAUCAGCUUCGCUAUCAUCCUCGUCAUCAUCAACUGUGUCAAUGCCAAAUCAUGCUGAAAUUCAGUAUGGUUUACCAACAACAAAUCAUAUUGCAUUAACGAAUAGAAAUUCUAGUUUACAUCGAAGUUUAGAAGUUAUACCACGUAAAACAUCACAAAAUGAACAAGUAUUAAAACCAGCAAAUAAAACAGCAUCACUUGAAUUCGGUGCAAGACCGGUGCGAUAUGAUGAAUCAACAUCAAUCUAUGUUACACCACAAGAAGCAACUCAUCCAGCUUCGGAAUAUGAAAAUGUUGUUAAAGGUUGGCUUCGAAAACAAAAUCGAGGUCGAAAAUUCAGUAAAAUGGAAAUAAUUACUGAAGGAAUAAGAUUGGGAAAAAUCCCCUUUAGGAUAUUACAUCAUCAUCUUGGAUGGGGUGAUUCAGGUGUUUCAGAUUGUGAAUCUUCAUCAAAUCAUAAUCCAACAUUAGAUUCAUCAACAACACUUACAGCACGUUUAUCAUCUAUUACAUUAGAAAAAACUGAUCUUAUUGUACAAGAUAUUCCAUUUGAAAAAAUCAUUUAA